AUGAACAUACAUCUCAAGAACAAUUCCGCCUUAGUCUAUCUCCCCGAUCCAGUGCAGCCUUUUGCCAACACGGCCUUUUCCCAGUCCCAGAUCUAUCACUUGGAGAAAGAGCAAGGUAAUCUGUGUGUCUGCGACUGGGUCACAAGCGGCCGUUCCGCACGGGGAGAGAAUUGGGACAUUUACGAAUAUAAGAGCCGCAACGAGGUCUGGACCGUAGACGAUGCCGGCAAAAGGAGACUGCUUCUACGGGACAACCUCAUUCUAGACAAGCAUGGGAAGACAGGGCUGCUACUCUCAUCACGUAUGGACAGCUAUUCUGUCUUCGGCACCUUGAUCGUUCGCGGCCCCAUCUUUUCGUCACUGUCAAAGUUCUUCUUGGAUGAGUUCGAGGCACUACCGCGUAUUGGUGGGAGGAACUGGGGCGACGUGGUGCAGCCAGAGCUUCAAGCGCAUGAGCAGAGGCGGUAUGAGAGGCAGCAGAGAGAAAAGGUCGAUGGGUUGAUAUGGAGUGCCGCGAACGUGAGGGGCUUUGUCCUGGUCAAGUUCGCCAGCAGGGAAGUUGAAGGCUCGAGGAACUGGCUGAGAGACAUGAUCAAGGAGGAAGGGUCGCUGUUGAAUGCAUUUGGGGAAAGGGCAAUUUUGUGUUUGAAGUGA